AUGCUAUCAUACAAUGCCGGUAGUAGCCAGGACAUUGAGAAAAGCGGUGGAGUUCAGAUAUCCAUGGCCUCAAGGCCCCGGUCGAGCCCAUACAGCCCCUGGUAUGGCACAUAUUCUACAAGCCCGUGCCAUUUAUCACCCAUAAUUGAAGACUCCAUUCUGGUUGUGGCUUCUCCACGGAAUCCAGGAGUGUAUCCUGGGGAUAGAAACAUUGAAAAUUUACAUAUUGAACCUGAGAUCAAUGGCAUGGUUAUGGGGCAUGGUGCAGUGGCCGAUUGUUGCACAGAUGAGCGUACUUCAAAUGGCUCUGCACCUGUUUCCCUGGUCGCUGGAACUGGGCCGGCCUGGAGCAACUGCACCAGUCAGCUAGAGGACGUGCCUGAUGCUCCAAGGGUUCAGUUUGCACCGGAUGUGCCAACCCGUGAUGGUUUGCUUUCUGCUCCAGCAUCGCUCGCGAAGAGGUUUAGCACUGAUGGAUCACCUACUACCCCAAAGUCUCCAGUAGCCCUACCAGGCACUAACGGAUUAACGAGUCCAUCUACCAUACCUUCCACACAUACUGUAAUGCCAACUGACGUGACGGGGGUUCUACCACCACCACCGACACCUGCUCCGAACUCAAAGACAAGAGAAAAAGUAGCGGGCAAGAGCCAGCGUGCAGUGCGUAAAGUGCGGAAGAUCGUACUGAGAAAACCGAUGUUGAACUUGAUUGUGGGGAGGAGGCUUUCUGGGCCAACUUCUCUGGCACUGAUACUCAUCGCGGAUGGUGUUGAUGUUGACCCUCCUGUGAUCAGGGCUGUUGGGUAG